AUGAGAACUCGCGGAGUGCCAACCGCAAGUUUUGACUUGGCCUACACAGACACAGACCUGAAACCUGGCAAGCAAAACAAUAUGGACUUGUGCACCAGUGCUGGCUUUGCGUUAGCCCUUCUGACGAUACUGAACUGCAAAAUGGAUGAUUUCACAGUUUUGAUAGCAUUACUGUGUAGCAGCUUUGUGACUGUGUCGGCGGGGACACACCAGCGGGCUCCAUGGUUCCCUUUGGGACAAUGUUGUGUCCCAUUUGUGAAGCUUGGCAAUUUGUUGGCCACAAGGGUAUCUUUGCUCAUCUUAGUGAUCAGCGCAAUGAAUGGAUGUUGGAUAUUAGAGCAGCCACGAAGCUCUUUGUUGGCGUGGCAUCCCAGGAUGCGUUGGCUUUUUCGGCAGCUCCCAAAGGUGUUUGAAGCCUCGUGGUGGAUGGCUUUAUACGGAAGCAUUACUCCGAAGAGACAUAUAGCUUGGUCAAAUUCACCAAAGGUUUCAAUCUUGGAUAUGGGCACGUUGCUGAAGGAGGUGAGAGAUACUCUUUCCAAACAUGGGUGGCAAAGCUCCAAGACUUAUACCUCUAGCAGGGGCAAGAAGUCUUUUGCUGGAACACGUUUCCUUAAGCAUACGCAGACAUACCCGCCACGCUUUGCGUUGCGCAUCGCAAAGUACUUCACACGCCUCUGCAGGACCAGGGAGGCGUUGCCAAGUGAUCCGGAGGGGUUGGGUCUAAUUCAGCAUGUGGUCAUGGUGGAGUUGCUUUUGAUCAAAGCAGCGCACAGGAUUUUCAGCCUUGCAGGUUUCACCUUUUUGCCAUCACCUGGUGGUGGCAACUUGCCAUGGCAGGACUAUGAGAAACAACUGGCAGACUUGAAGAAGCAACAGGCCACUGAAGAGGAGCUUGAAGCUAACAAGGUCAGAGGGAACAAACCAAAGUCCAAAGAGGCCAAGUCAGGCAAAGGUAGACCAGUUGCGACCCCUGCCCGUGCUGCAAGCCCUGUGCGCCCUCGGCAUGAGACUCGGGAGCCCUCCUCUGGGAACCCAGCAGAGCACAAGCGCUUGAGGGGGAAGACAAUGGAUCCUGCCAAAGCUCAGCGGAUUGCCGAGUUGCGUGAGUUGCCUCAGACCGAAGCAGCAAAGGACGCUCGGUUGAGGCGCCUUUGUGAGCGGAAGCCCAGUGGACGCCUGCAGGUGCCGGAGAGCUUGCAUAAGAAGUGGAAAGGUGCAAGCCGGGAGGAGAAAGACCAUAUGGUGGACAUUUUGGACUCAGACCAGUUUGUUACCACCAUGCAGCGAUCGGUGACCAAAACGAACAAGUUGUCAAAGAAGAAGCGCAGAGGGUGGUAUACCGAAGAGGGCAUGCUCAAGAUUCUCCAGUGGUCAAAGACCUACAUCAAGUCGGUGGUUGCCUACUGCAAAAAGCCCGGAAAUGAGGCACUGGUGAAGCACCCUGGUUGCAGCAUGAAAGACCGGUACAAUCGAAAGAUUGAGAGGUUUCGUGUAGUGAUUGAGGAAGGUGAGACGGAAGAAUCUGACCUUGAGGAAGUUGAAAGACAUGAAGAUACCCAGGAGGGCCCUGGCCCCGUGAAUUUCAAGCUGAAGAAGGGGGAUGGCCAGAGCGCUUUGGAUAGUUCCAAUUCCGGGAGCAGUGAUGAGGAACAGGAAGCUGAGCAAACCAAUGGGCCCAAGAAGGAAUUUGACCGAUUCAAGACUUUUACAUCAUCCCUUUUGAGCCGCUCUUCGAAGCUAUCUGACCUGAUAUCAGAACUGGAGAUCUUGGCUGAGAGUUGUGGAAAGGGGCCUGAAACACCUGAAGGGAAGCGUUCCUCCAGGAUCAUCAGUGGCCUGGAGAAGUGCAUCGAGAUCUUGGAGCAGCAGAGUGAGGCAUGCGAGUGUCUGAAGGCAAAGGUAUCAAAGCUCCCCAACAUGCCUGACAAUGAAAAAUCCCGUGAGUCCCUAGGUGUGAUUUAUAUUAAUUAA